UAUACCUAGUUUUGUUACAUGAAUGAAUGGAUGAUAUGUUUAGGCAGAAGUCGAAAUAAAUGGUAUUGUUCGGGAUGAUGUGGGAAUAAAAUUCAAAUUCAAUAAACUGGUUUUUUUACAUUUCUAUCGAUUUUGUAAUAUUUAAUUUUCAAUUAUUUACUACUGAGUACUGGAUUUAAUAACUGAAUACCAACUGUAUUUAUAUUUUAUAUGUUAUGAUAAAUUUCUUGGAUACAAUUUGCUCUGAAUAAAUCAAAGUAUAGGUACAUUUUAAAAUAAUAAAACCGUUACAGACUGAUCCCUCUAUACGGUGUGAUGAUCGCGUUUUAUUCGUUCGUAUUAAUACACCUUUCGGACGGCCCUUUAUGGAGGCAUAUGGCUGUUAAAGAGUCGGAAAACUGUCAACAAAAUUGGUGGACCAACUUACUGUUUGUAAACAACUACGUCAAUGCCGAUCAACCAGUGAGUGCAGAAAUAUUAUAUAUUACUUUUUAGUAGAUACUACCUACAACGGUACUACGCAAUUAUUAUAUGAUUAAAACGAUUUCACGCCAACAGUGUAUGAUUCAAUCCUGGUAUAUGGCGUGCGACUUGCAUCUGUGCGCUGUGGGCAUACUAAUUGUGUACUUUGUUUGGAAAUUUCCGAAGUGCGAAAAAAUUGUUCUGAUUAUUGCAAUAGUCGUAUCGUGUUUCAUUUCAGCGUAUGUUGUGUACGACCACAAAUUUUACCCAACCUUUUUUGGUUUCAUUUCGAAUUUGAAAUACCCGCCGAGCCACGAAGAUUUCACACUGCUGUACAUACCCACGCACACGAGGGCGACGCCAUACUUCGUGGGAAUGUUCGCUGGUCACGUUUACCGGACAACGAGAGCCCGGAAGCCCGACUUCCGAUUCCCGUACCCUACACUGUGUCUGUGGACGAUCGUCGGCGGCUGUGUACUAUGGAUGAUGUCCGUAUUCUACUUUUUCGUACACGAGUACAGCAUGUGGGCGAGCGUCUUGUACGCGCUCGUGUUCCGUCUCAUAUACUCAGCCAUGAUUUCGGCGUUUAUCAUUAUUUCCGCCGUAAACACUUGUUACACAGGAUCUUGGACAUUAAUACUCGCGCCGUUGGGCAGACUCACGUACGGAGUGUAUAUGGGAGGAUUGUCAAUACAAUUGUUCUAUGUGGCAUCUGCGCGUACUCAAAUUUAUUUCAAUCAAUUACUAAUUUCAUGGGUCGUGAUUGGUGAUUCAAUUUUUGGAUUUAUUAUUGCAUUCAUUUUGUACAUGUUGAUCGAGAGUCCAUUUGAAAAUCUAUUGAAACUAUUCAUCAACAAAAUAAAAGGAGGAAAAAAUAAAACUGAAGAAAGAACACCCAACGCUGUUGAAAUGAUAUCACCACAUACUGGACAUGCAAUAGAAAUAAAUAGUUAAUAUGAAUUUAUUAAAUAUAUGUACCGGGUCACCAAGAUAUAAAGUUAAAAUACUUAAAAUUAAGACACAAAA